AUAUAUAAUUCCGUAAGCCUUUUCUUUGCGUCAAAAUUCAGCGCGAACCGCCGGGCCGAUCCGUGCGCGGGUGGUACCGGCUCGACCGUCCCGGUCCCCCGACGGCGGGAAAAAUAUAGGGAUCGGCCGGCGUGCCCGGCCCCCCUCGUCUCCCCGGGAAAAACGGUUGUCCUAUUGGUCCUGUCGGGAGAUGCGCGGUUUUUCGUUUUCCCCGUGCUGCUCGUUCUCGGUCAGCUGAUGACUCGGCUGCCCAGUUAAUUCGUUUCCCUGGAAAUGGCCGUGGAUGAUGGAUUUACUGCGGAAGCGUAGUGCACCGUCGACCGUCGUUGUCUCGCAAUUUUUUUGUCUUCAGUCAUGGAGAAUCCGUGUUCAAAGCGUGGGCGUCCUGCGAGACGUGGGCAUGUUUCUCGCAACCCCUCCUUGCGGCUCAUCGAGCGGCGUGGCGAAAUGCGACUGGUGCUUGAUUUACCGUAUUCGUUUCGACGGAGCAUUUACGAUGUUAAUGAAAGAGAUUUUCCCGAAAUUAAUCUUGGGCUGUUAACUGUGAAGUGCCAAUACUGUGAUGCUUUGCAUUUCAAAAGGGAGCAGGUGAACGGUCAUUUCAACACAUGCUGUCACAAUGAUCUUCUUCGACUGGCGGAGCCUGAAAUCAGCGACCAACUUCGUGACCUCUUCUCCAAACCCGUCUUCAUGACCAACAUUUUGAGGUACAACAGUUGUAUGGCUUUUGCAUCUUUCUCUGCGUCCAAAGCUCAUAUACCCGGAGUUGGUCCUUACUGCUUCAAAAUACAGGAUCAAAACAGGUCUUGCUCUGAAAAACUCUGAUCUCUUCGACUUGUGGACACGGGCAUCGAAGGAGUGAGUUACAACAAUUGAGGGGAAACUCCGAGAACAGUUCGCAAACCAACAUGUCUCCGACGAAAACUGGACGAAUUUUGUUGUAUUUUUUAUGAGUUUUUUGUUUUUCGCCCUUCUUUUUUCUCUUGUCUCUUGUGAAGUUUAGUUUUGAUGUUAAUUUUCGGUGAUAUUUUAGUGUGAUUAAUUUUUUUAUUUUUUGAAGUGCCUUUUCCAUUUUAUUAAAGACUUGUAAUAUGACCAAAUCCAAGUGUUAAUCCUUUUCUCAUGCUGAUCCUCGGAAACCUCAUCAUUUUGUUGUGUACAUUUGAAUUUUUCAGCUUUCAUUUCACGCAACA